CCUGCGACAAUUUUUUCACCUCCUAUGGACUGGCGGAGGAGCUUCUAAAGAGGAAGAUGGCCCUAGUCGGCACAAUUCGCAGGAACAAGCCAGAAUUUCCCCCACAGCUGCUGCAAAUAAAGCAUAGAGCACUUCUGUCCUCCCUCUUUGCUUUUACUAAGACGCACACAGCUGUGUCUUACGUACCCAAACGAGGGAAGAUUGUGCUGCUCCUUAGUACCAAGCACCGCGAGCCAGCUGUGACCGACACUGAAGAAAAGAAGCCAGUGAUCAUCACAGACUACAACCGCUGCAAAGGAGGUGUCGACAACCUGGACAAGGUUGUUGGCACCUACAGCUGUAGGAGAAGAACAUGUCGGUGGCCAGUGGUUCUCUUCUACAACCUUGUAGAUGUGUCUUCCUUCAACUCCUUUGUACUGUGGUCAGCCGUGGAUCCCUCCUGGAACCAGGGCAAAACAUUUAGACGGAGGCUGUUUUUGGAGGAACUGGGGAAAGCACUUGUGAUGCCGCAAAUGUCACGAAGACAGCGCAUCCCCCGCACACCAUCUACGUCCACCAGGAUGGAGGAUCAACAGCGGGGAGACCCAAACACCAAAAAGAGGAAGGUCUGCACAUUCUGCACUGACAAAAAGAAAAAAAGUGCUUCCACCUGCAACAAGUGUGGCAAGCAUAUCUGCAAAGUCCACACAAUCACAUACUGCAGCUCCUGCUGUGAGUGAAUUCCCUCAUAGUAGUCAAAUGCCUA